CAACCACUCAGCUUCGGCUUCUGCUACACGAUAACAUGGCACCUGCAACAUUGGCUGUCCCCGCGAGAAAACGCACAGUGCGAGCAUGCGACCAAUGCCGGCGGCGAAAGGUGAAAUGCAAUGGCAAGCUGGGCUGCACGGAGUGCAACAGCAUUGGACUCGAAUGCUCCUAUGGCUCGCAAAUCAAGCAAUCCCGCCGUCGCAACUAUCUGAUCCACCUCGAGCAAAAGGUGCAAAGAUUAGAGCAUGAGCUGCGCUCUGCCCGAACGACCGACGCACUCCCACAUCAGCCACACAAUGCUUCUAACGAUCACUUGAUCGCGAAUGGCAUCCCUGCCGGCGUGCAAGACUUCAACACCGCAGGCCUCGAUGUUGGUGCCAUGAACUUUUGGAACAACUCGUACAAGCCAUUCGAGCAACCAAGCGGUUCCAGCGAAUGGGUCGGCAGUGCACCUGCAAAGCCCUUCCUGCCUGAGCUCAUCAUUCCCUCGCAAUGUCUCCAGUCUUCGGACUUCAUCUACCGCGCGGACUCUCUAUCGCCCUCAACUCCACAGACUGCCUCGUCAGCCACAUGGACACCUUGUACCGGAGAAAUGUUCGAUUUCUGGCCCAGCGUCCCAGAGCAGAAUUCCUCGCAGCCGAUGGUACCUGGGCUGGCCCCAGAUGCUAGUCAAUGGUACCAAAAUCGGUUCGACCAGCAAACGAAUCCAUCCGAAUACCACAAUGGCGGUCUGCCCUUUCACAACGGCCAUCUCGCGGCAUGCCCUCCCGGAUACAACUGAGCGCACAGAAGAAGCCUCCCGGCGACUUCUGAAAUUCUACGGCAGACAUAAUAUAUGAUACAGCAACACCAAGGGCUAGACCCUGGAUUAAUGAACAAGUCAGGUGGUGUAGUACUGGCGUAAUCAUGAGCGACUUUUGUUUUCUCUCUUGCAAGUGUACAUCUUUAUAAUGGGACGGACGGGCUUCGUGGUGAUUCAUGGCAGCGGCAGGCACGUUGUACUCGUGGAAAAAAAAA